CCCCCCCCUUCCCCGUGGCAUGUCUGUCGUUUACCGCAACCCACGUGGGAAUAAAUUUUGAAGUUGCAUGCUUUAAGUCUAGAGUAAUUUUGACCAGGCCAUUUCAUUUACAUUAGUCAAAGCAGAUUUAAAAUAGCCAUGGCGAUCGCUGACCAGGACGCGGUGGCCCUCCGGAUUCAAAGUAUUUUGAACAACUCGGCGACCGAGGAGAAGAAGACUGAGACGGAGCCCGAGGACGAUUCCAGCAGUUCCGAGGAUGAAAAUGCUCAAAAAAGCGGCAAUGUUCGGAGCAGGAGGCCCGGCAACAGGUUUUGGAAAAACGAAAAGACAAGGUUUACAACCCUCAUUGCUUCCAAAGGCUUAAAGCAGUCUUUCGAAGCACAACAAAAGCUUCGGAACGAGCUGAAGCAUGCAAGGGAAUUGUCAAGAUCUGUGAAAGAAAAACGUGCACAAAUGAAACAGGCAAAACGUGAAAGAAGGAAGGAAAGCAAGAGGAGGCAGGAAGAAAAUGCAAGGAAGAGUGAGAUAGUACAAGUGAUCAAGAAUCCUGCCAAACUCAAGAGGCUGAAGAAGAAGCAGCUGAGGAAUAUUGAGAAGAGAGACACCUUAGGCUCAGUGUAGAAGCAUCUCUAUAUAUGCUGUAAGCAUCUUUGAUUUCUCUCAAUUUGUCCCAAUUUGUUCACUGUGCUCCCAGUUCAUGAGCGCAUUAGUCGUAAAAUUGGGGCAAAUCAAUUCCCCUACAAUCCAAGUUUGAAUCUUUGGUUCAUGCUAACUCUGUGGGAGAUACAAUUGUAGUUCUCUGAGAAUGAAUUGUAAAUUUAACUGUCUAGACCAUCUGUUUGUUUCAGGCUAACAGUUUCUGGAAACUUCCUAACUAAAGGACUUACAUUAACUCAAUGUAAAGUAUUGUCUGUGAUACUAUAAUAAGAGUAAAUAAAUUUUCAAUUAUUAAAUGAA